UUUUCAAUGCACCGACUCCUCCAGAAGAAAUCUUCUUAGCUAAAGUUUUUAUUUCGUUUUUUUUUCCUUUCAUUUCAUUGGUUUCUUUCCUACUUUCACUGCUGCAAUUAGAUCUCAGUUCCUCACUUUCUCAGUAACGCGGAAAGAGGGAGAGGAAAAUUACGACGAAAAAGAAAAAACAAGAAUCAAAAGGAAUAUCAGGGUGAGAAAUGUCACGCCGAUCUGGGGCUUGCCUAAGGUGUUGUCUCGUGAUUUUUGCUGUAGUUUCUGCUUUGGCUGUUUGUGGACCGGCCUUGUAUUGGAGAUUCAAGAAGGCUUUGCAAUUGGGCGAUUCCAAAGCCUCCUGUCCUCCUUGCAUCUGCGAUUGUCCACCCCCAUUAUCCCUUUUGAAGAUUUCCCCCGGUCUGGCCAAUCUCUCCAUCACAGACUGUGGCAGUAAUGACCCAGAUCUCAAGCAGGAGAUGGAAAAACAAUUUGUGGACCUUUUGACAGAGGAAUUGAAGCUUCAAGAAGCAGUUUCUGGCGAACACACUCGCCAUAUGAACAUCACUUUAUUCGAGGCAAAAAGGGCAGCUUCUCAGUAUCAGAGGGAGGCUGAAAAGUGCAUUGCUGCAACUGAAACUUGUGAAGAGGCACGAGAACGUGCCGAGGCAUUGAUGAUCAAGGAGAGGAAGCUUACAUCAUUGUGGGAGCGACGAGCCCGCCAAAUGGGUUGGGAAGGGGAAUAAGUCUAUAAUUUCAAAGGCCAACUCUUAGUUCAACUAGUCGUCGGGUCCUUCAAUCCAUGAGAUCAGUAGAAACUGGCAAGCAAAGUGCUUGGUUCAUCAAUCUGUCAAGGCAUAUUGUUCUCUCUUUUCCUCCAUUGAUUGUGUUGUACUUUUCCUGGAAACAUGUCAAUUCUACAUCAUAAUUCAUACAUGACAAUGUUAUAGAUCCCACUCUUCUGCAUUUGCUAAUAUAUAUAUACGAUUAUCUCCUCUUGGACCGUAGCUAUGUGACUUGUUGGCUAGGCAUUUCUGAGCUGUCGAUGAGUUCGAAUAGACCGUAUUAUUCUCAUUCUCA